AUGGAGAUGACAUUGACGUUGAGAUAUGACGCCCUUCGGAUGGACGAAGAGUAUGCGGACGCAGCUUUCAAGACGCUCGUAAAUUAUAUGUCUCGAAGACAAGUCUACGCUCCGCAGGAGACGAGGCUUUCCAUACUCAACCACUCGGCUUUGCAACCAUCGCUGCUGUACAGCAAGGAAGCCGAGGUAUCAUUACUCUACUCAGGGUUUCGUAAGACUGUCAACGAGUACCCGAACCGCCGUGCACUAGACUACCGGUCAGAGACUACACAAUUCACAAUGACUUAUCGACAGUUGAAUGGCAUCACAACAGCGCUGGCUCAUAAGCUUCUGAGCAGCAUACCUCAGACAUCUCACAGCACUCGGACUAUCGUGCCAGUAUACAUGGAUGCAUCACCAGCACUUUAUGUAUCCUGGUUGGCAGUGCUGAAAGCCGGAUUCGCAUUCUGUCCGUUGCCAGUAGGCACACCCGCUCUUGAACUACAAAGUAUCGUCGAAGAUGCUUGUGCUUCGAUUGUUCUGACGGAUGGACCGAUGCUUUGUGGGUGUCCCUGGGAUGCGUGGUAUCGCGACGACGACGAUCUAUCUAUUUAUCUGGACGUCAAUGAGUUCAUCACCACCUGGAUGCAAACGCCAGAAACAUUUAAUGUCAAACCACUGCCCUGUGUUGCAAAGACGGAUCUCGCAUAUGUUAUAUACAGCAGCAAGAACUCCUCAGCUAUGCCCAUUGGGACAGAGAUGACCCAUCGAGCAGCAUUCACGUCAAUAACAUCUUACUCGAAACAAAUUCCUUCUUGCAUGAGUAAGAAAGAAUUCAGCUGGCUUACAUCUGCUUCCCCAGUCAGCCACACUUCAGUCUUGGAAGUCUUUACGACAUGGAGCACUGGAGGAACACUAUGUGCUGUUAGCCCAACACUAGAUCUCACGACCGCAGUCAACAAAGUCUCUGCUACAAUCACUACGGCAAGUUUUUCGCAAGCGUCAACAUUGAACCUCGCAAGGGUACCUUCGUUGCGGCACUUGUGGUGCGUAGGCGCUUUACCGCUAUCCCUGGUGCAGCAGUUACAGAAUGUAUCGAGGUCGAUUUACUCGCCUUUGACAGUGUUGAGACUGUAUACUGCUGCCACCGAUUCAAUUCUCACUGGUAUCAUCUCUCCUGCGUCUUGCUCGACUAGGGAUUCUAUCAUCGGCUCUCCACUCCCUGAAACAAGUGUUUUGUUUCUGCACUCCGCAGCGAGAGCUGCUGUGCCUCUGGGUGCAGUAGGAGAUCUAUAUGUCAGUGGCGUUGGUCUGCCAUCGGGAUACCUCAACCGUCCGGAUCUAGAUGCUGCAGCUUUUCUCGUGCACCCUGUCUAUGGCCGACUAUACAAGACGGGAGAUCGAGGUAGAUUGGUCAAGAAUGGCAGUGGAGAGCUGAUUGUGGAUCUCGUGAAGAGCAUUGGAGAUCCAGAUGUAGAAGUCGAGGAAAUCGAAAGCGUAUAUGGAAGGGAUAGUGUGGCUAGCAUGGUAGACUCGUUCACCGAAACUUCAGUGCUUGAGAGCGAAGAAAAGCUCGAUGUCACAGAGGCUAACGUGCUGAGUCUGAUUGGCAAAACACUCAUUUGA